CGGGCUUGGGGGGAGUGGAGCCCCGGGGGCCCCGCGCGAUGCCUCUGACGGGCCGUUCCUUUUGUUCGCAGGGAGACACCAUGAGCUCGGCCGGGAGGCGGCGAGGGCGCCCCAACAGGGGCGGGGGCAGAGGCAGGGGCGGAGGUGGAGGCGGCAGAGGAGGUGCAGGUAGAGGGCAGUCAAGCAAGUCUCAUGCGGGUGGAUUCAAGAAAGGCUCAAGCCGAAUGUGGGACGAGGAAGAUGACUUCUGCCUGUUUGAAGAACAAAGAACUGCGCUGAGAUCAAGCUGUGUUAACAAAAGUAGGCAAACCAGACAGGGACCUGAGACGAGGAUGCCUUUGCAGACCAUACACAUGACAUCUGACAAUCAGCGAAGAGUGAAAGAGCUUCUCCGAGAACUCCAAGGGCAAGAGCUGUAUGCUACCUCAGAAGUGGCUGCCUCCAGUGAGGAAGACUGCGAUGAACCUGAUUACCUUGAUGACGAUGAGCAAUACUGGUCAGCAGACCAAGAAGCUUCUGAAGUAACUACAAAGUUGUUUUCUGAACCAGAAGAGCACAAAAUUGCAGAAAGUGAGGUGUCUGCAUUUGCUGUGCAUAAGCUUUCCAGGUAUGGGUUUGAUAGUGAGCGUUGUCGGGCAAUACUGCGAUCCUGCAAUGGUAACAUUGGGGCAUCCCUGGAACACUUGCUGUUGCAAUGCUUCUCAGAAAGAUAUGGAGAUAGGAUGAAAAUGUCUGAAGCAGCAGCUCAGGCCAGCAGAGAAGAAUGCCUGGAACAGAGACAAGAAGAAGCUUUUGCUCUCCAUUCAAUCUGUGGAGAAAAAUUUGUAGAAAGAAUUCAAAACCGAGUGUGGACUAUUGGAUUGGACCUGGAGUACCUAACACUCAAACUCAGCAAAUCCAAACAGAGGCACAGUGCUGCCAAAGAUGUGGCAAAACAGACUUUAAACAACUUAUGUAAAUUUUACCUCAAAGGAGGAUGCAGGUUUGGCUCAAGAUGCAAAUUUAAGCAUGAAACUCCUCCAAAACACUUGCUAAAAACAGCACAGAGUUCUGUAGAUGAUGCUCAUCUGAGAUCGAAUUAUGACACCUCUCCCUUGUAUGAGCUGGAAAUAAGAUUUUCUGAGGAUAACAAAUACCCACUCGAGGCACCUGUUGUGGCUUUUUAUUCUACGAACGAGAAUCUACCUCUGGCUUGUCGAUUACAUAUUUCUGAAUAUCUCUAUGAAAAGGCCCUGGAAGCUGCAGAGUCUAGUGAACCAGUGGUGUAUGCUUUAAUAACCUGUUUGGAAGAUGAAUCUGAAAUAACCAAGUUACUUAGUAAUACUUUACACAAGUAUAGUGUUCCUCCUUUGUCCCUGCUGGCAGCACCCUCCAGCAGAACACACACAGACAUUUGUAAGCCAACAUCUCCAGAUAAUUCAUCUGUUGUAACUCAGAAUUUGGAAGUCACAAAGGAGUCAGAACCUGAGGAGGAAGAGGAAGAGGAAUCUGAACCAGUUGUAGAGAAUGAAAGUUAUGUGAACCUCAAAAAGAACCUGUCCAGGAAGUAUGACAUGCAGUCAAAGCCUCUGUAUAAUGAAAAUGUUAAAAUCUGCAAGCAAUUCCGAAUAAAAAAGUCUUCUAGGCACUUCCAGUCCCUGUUGCUAGAAAGACAGAAGCUCCCUGCGUGGCAAGAAAGAGAAAACAUUCUUGAUAUGUUGCAAAGACACCAAGUGCUUGUUGUGAGUGGUAUGACUGGAUGUGGGAAAACCACUCAGAUUCCACAAUUUAUAUUGGAUGCUUCAUUGGAAGGUCCUCCAAAUAGAGUAGCCAAUAUCAUCUGUACUCAGCCUCGCCGGAUCUCCGCUAUUUCUGUAGCUGAACGUGUAGCCAAGGAGAGAACAGAAAGAGUUGGUGUUACUGUUGGAUACCAGAUCCGUUUAGAAAGUGUGAAGUCCUCAGCUACCAGGUUGUUGUACUGCACUACUGGUGUGCUGCUGAGAAGACUAGAAGGAGACAUGACUUUACAGGGUAUCACCCAUGUUCUUAUUGAUGAAGUUCAUGAAAGAACAGAAGAAAGUGACUUCUUGCUGCUGGUUUUGAAGGAUAUAAUAGUUCAGAGACCAGACCUGCAUAUCAUACUGAUGAGUGCCACGUUGAAUGCAGAACUUUUCUCCCAGUACUAUAACUCAUGUCCAAUUAUUAACAUACCAGGUCGAACAUUUCCUGUGGAUCAGUUUUUUCUAGAAGAUGUGAUUGCGAUGACGAGAUAUGUCUUAGAGGAUGGUAGUCCAUAUAGGCGGAACAUGAAGCAUGGUUCUAAUGAGAAACUUAGAGCAAGACGCAGCAGAACUGCUCUUGAAGAAGUAGAGGAGGAUCUGAGGCAUGCUGGCCUUAUCCAGGAUGACAUGACUGUCAAGGAUUCAGUCCCAGACCAGCAGUUAACUUUAAAACAGCUCCUAAUACGUUACAAAGAAAUUAGUAAAUCAGUGUUAAAAACAAUGGCUGCCAUGGAUUUCGACAAAGUUAAUCUUGAAUUAAUAGAGGAUUUACUGGAGUGGAUAGUCAGUGGUAAACACUCAUACCCACCAGGUGCUGUCUUGGUAUUUUUGCCUGGUCUAGCAGAAAUUAAGAUGCUUUAUGAGCAGCUGCAGUCAAAUGCCCUUUUCAAUAAUAGACGUAGUAAGCGGUGUGUUGUUUUACCACUUCAUUCCUCACUGUCCAGUGAAGAACAGCAGUCUGUGUUCCUUAAGCCUCCUGUAGGAGUCACCAAGAUAAUCAUCUCUACAAAUAUUGCAGAAACAUCCGUCACUAUUGAUGAUAUUAUUUUUGUGAUUGAUUCAGGCAAAAUGAAAGAGAAAAGGUAUGAUCCCAGCAAAGGAAUGGAAAGUUUGGAAGAUACAUUUGUGUCCAAAGCCAAUGCUUUGCAAAGGAAGGGGCGAGCAGGCCGUGUAGCUUCUGGAGUUUGCUUUCAUCUUUUCAGUAGCCAUCAUUAUAAUCACCAGCUUAUAAAGCAGCAGUUGCCUGAAAUACAAAGAGUGCCUUUGGAACAACUCUGCCUCAGAAUUAAGAUUCUGGAGAUGUUUUCUGCACAAAGCCUUCAGUCUGUCUUAUCACGGCUGAUUGAGCCUCCAAGAAUGGAAUCUCUGCGUGCAUCAAAACUGCGACUGCAGGACCUAGGAGCCUUAACUUCAGAUGAAAAGCUCACCCCUUUGGGAUACCACUUGGCUUCCCUGCCUGUCGAUGUAAGGAUUGGAAAGCUAAUGCUAUUUGGUGCCAUUUUCCGUUGUCUGGAUCCAGCAUUAACCAUAGCAGCAAGUCUGGCCUUUAAGUCACCUUUUGUGUCUCCAUGGGAUAAACGGGAGGAAGCAAAUAAAAAGAAACUGGAAUUUGCCAUAGGAAAUAGUGAUUAUCUGGCUCUUCUUCAGGCUUAUAAGGGGUGGCGCCUGAGCACCAAAGAGAGUUCUCAUGCAAGUUAUAGCUACUGCAGGGAGAAUUUUUUAUCAGGAAGAGUUCUGCAGGAAAUAGCUAGCCUGAAAAGGCAAUUCACAGAGCUACUCUCUGAUAUUGGAUUUGUGAAGGAGGGCUUGAGAGCCAGGGACAUGGAGAAGAGGUGGUUCCAAGGAGGAGAUGGCGUUUUGGAUGCUACAGGAGAAGAGGCAAACUCUAAUGCAGAGAAUAUCAAGCUGAUAUCAGCAAUGUUAUGUGCUGCUCUCUAUCCUAAUGUGGUCCAGGUGAAAACUCCAGAGGGAAAAUAUCAAAAAACCAGUACAGGAGCUGUUAAAAUGCAACCAAAAGCAGAGGAGUUAAAAUUUGUAACCAAAAAUGAUGGAUAUGUUCAUAUUCAUCCUUCCUCUGUGAAUUAUCAGACAAAACACUUUGACAGCCCAUACCUGGUGUAUCACGAGAAGAUCAAGACCAGCCGUGUAUUUGUCCGUGACUGCAGCAUGGUGUCGGUGUACCCACUAGUCUUGUUCGGUGGAGGGCAGGUUCAUGUACAGCUGCAAAGAGGAGAGUUUAUCAUUUCUCUUGAUGAUGGCUGGAUUCGUUUUGCAGCAGCCUCGCAUCAGUGGUUGCAAGAGGGCUGAUGCAGUAGCUGUUGGCCACACAGCAGAGGAAGGAGGAGUGAGAUCAAAGAGGGGACUCCUGCUUUCAGUCUGUGGGACCUUUGCCUCCUCACCCUGAGUGACCCCUGUGGAGCACAGCUCUCUGCUGCCACAGUGGUGAAGAAAUCAAAACUUCAAGCAGGAGGAUGAAAACAGCCUCUGCUUCUCAAUACAUGAGCGCCCUAUGGAGGAAGUAUGCUAAAACAGAAGGAAAGGAUGUGAGCAAAAGUGGGAGCCUGAAUGAAUCGGUGGCCACAAGAGAGGAUAAUGGGCUAUUUGUGUCCCUGUUGGUGGUGCCAGUUUCCUUAGGGCCAGCCUCUUGACUUGCCUUUCUGCAAACCACAGCUUUCUCUUCAUUUCCCUCUACUUCUUGUUUGAUGUUGAGAUUUUUUUCAGUGAGCACUAAAAAUAGCAAUAUCCCUCUAACAAAGUCGGAGAGAGCUUUGCAUUGCUUCUCCCUUUCUGCCUUUUGAAACUGAACCCUAAAAUAAGCUUUAUGCAGUUUACCAUAGGGAAAUGCAGGCAGAUAAAAGAUUGGUUGCUAUGAGAGAGAAGUAAUUGUUUUUACCAUCUAUUUUUGUUAUUUUCAAGUUGACUCAAGGGCUGACUCAGGGAUGUCAGAAAGAUUCAAGUACUGCUCAGCCCAGAUCUAAUCCUGCUGCCUAGAGAAGUUGUGAAAUGUCCAUUGGAGGUGUUGGAUAAGCACUGGUCAGGGAUGAUGUGGGAGUAACAAUAUCUGUGCUCUACUAUGGGUAUUCCCCAUGCUUAUAGGCCCUCCUAGUAGCAGCAUGAGGUUGGGAAGGAAUUUUUUGUCCCUUCUGUUGCUGCUUGUGUGAAGUUUUGGGGUGGGUUUUUUUCAGUUGCCUUGGAGACAUUGGGUACGGGCAGGAGCCAAGACUGGGGAUUUUGACUGUGAUGUGCAACUGUUCUUGCUGGGACUAAAACCUGGAACUUCCUGGUUAGGGGGUCUUGGCCCUGCACUCUGGGUCAGAGGGAUUACCACAUUUGCGAUCAGGAAGGAAUUUUACCCCAGUCAGAUUUUUAUGGACUGUAAGGAGCUUUGUCUUCUCGGUAGUGGAGGACAUGGCCCUCUUACCUUGGAUCUCUAGUGUAUUUAACCCGUGCAGCAGCAGGGCAUUGGCCGUUAUUGUCCCCCUACUUUACCAUGGCAGGUUAGGGUGCUAUACCUUGUGGUUGUAUGUCAGGGUCAGCAGCAGUUUUAGUAAUAGUGUAGAUAAAGAUAUACUUAGGAUGGUUUGGAUAGGGAUGAUCCUGCCUGUGGCAGAGGGUUGGGCUAGCUGACUACCUGAGGUCCCUUCCAGCCCUACUCUUCUAUGAUUUGAUAAGUCCCCACUAGAGAGACAAUGAAGAAACAAAUGUUGAUUGCAAUCCUAUUGCUAUUAUUGAGUGAGCAAGUUAGUGUGAUACCAUACAAGUAACUAAGGAAGAUACUUGAUUUAGUCAGGGCCUGAACAAAGUAUAGGAGUCUGCAUCCACAUAGAGCUUUUCAUAGCAAAGCACUUGACAAAUGAUAUAAGUAUGAUCCUAGUAGUCACCACUACACACAGGAAGAAAUGCAGGAGGUGAGUGUGGUCCCUAACCUUCCAAACCAGUGUGAACUCUUGUCUUUACAAAUAGCCUACGCCUACUAUUCUUGUCUGAAAACUUCAGAAUAAAAUGCUAAUAUGCUACCUGCACAUUUUUGCUUUCAGUGGCCACUGUUGACUGGGGAAAAGAUGCCAAGCAGCUAGUAUGAAAAGCUAAAAAGCAAUUGGGUAAUAGUUCUAAUCCUGUCACCCACUCACUAUGGUAGGGACCAGUUCUGCCAUUUAAUUCCUGGACUGAGUUGAUGGUGUGUGGGUCUAUAUCUGUACUCAUGCCCUCCUCAGUCCAGAUAAAACAGCUGGGGCUAUAGCAGAGGGAAUUACAUGUUUCAGUAAAAAUGACUUCACUACAAACAUGCUGAAAAAUCACAAGCAUGUGUUCUUUGUUGUACUGCCCUUUUUGAAGAAAUAGACCUGGCCUGCAGCUCCAAGUACAGUAAGGAAGCCAUGCCCCCCCACUUCAAAAAAAAACCCUGAAGUGUAAACAGGAACUCUGAAGCAAGAACCAAGAACACUCCCAAAGGAUCAAGCAGUGGUUUAACUAGUUCUGUAUCUGCAACUUAUGUUAUACUGCCAAAGUCCCUGAUCUUUAGGGACAAUAGUUGGCCCUAGUUCCCAAUGGUCAUGAGAGGCAGACUUUAUAAUGAUUCAGAAGUCUACAGGUGCAGCUGGAAAAAGAAUAAUGAACAGCAAAACUUGCCAGGUGAGUGCAGAAUGGGGGCAGAAAACACCACUAACCUCAAAGGGCAGGAAAAAUAUAUAGUUAUAUAGGCUAGCUGUAGCAAUGGUGUCCUGAAACACUAAUAUAAAGAAGUCUCAGCAAUUUUCAGAUGAGUUCUAUUAUAUAAUACAGGCUAGUGUUUAAAAGGGUAAUGGGAGUUUAAGUCAUUGACAUCUGCAAUCCCUAGGCACCAAAAGGAGAUUCAGCCCAAUGCCACUUGAAAUUAGAGGAACCUUUCAACGGUUCCCCAUUAAGUACCAGCUUUUGUUUGCAGAUGGGCUCUAACAACCUGGCCUGCUAUAUUGACCAAAGUGAAUGCUGCCUCCCUUCUAGAACAGUUCUGUACCCAGAAAUCCUAGCAUUUUUGAUACUUCCAUGACUUGACCAGUUUAACACGGGGGCAGGCAAUGUCCAGUCCAUGGGCCAGAUCAGGCCUGUGGUGGACUCCAUUUCCUAGCAGCCCCUGCCUAUCUACAGCCAAUUUCCAUGGAGACCUCUGGAGAAGCAGUACUUUGACAGUGCAGGGACAGGGUUUCCCAGAGACCAGCCCCAGCAGCACUGGCAGGGAUCUUGCAGCAGUGAGAGUCUGGUCCAGUCGGACAGAGCUCUAAUCUGCUGCCUGCAUGCCGCUGGCAGAGCCAUGCAGGCAGAUUACAGCUCUGCCCUGGUUCAUGCUGUCUGCCUCUAACCAUGCCAUCACCACUGCAAAAUCCUGGAUGUGGAGCAGCUCCUCACCCAGCUGCAUGCUCUGCCAGUACUCCUGGGGCCAGGCUCCUGUGCUGUCAGGGUGCUGUUGCUACUAGGAUCUCCAUGGAAACCAGCCACAGCAACUUAAGCAGGGGCUGCUGGGAAGUGGAGUCUGACUGCCAGCCUGAUCCACCAUUUUACCCACCCUUGGUUUAAGGUAUGCCAGUAAAAGCCUAAAGUGCAGCCCCAACCAUCCAAUUUUCUGUUGCCCUCAAGUGAAAAUUUUCUGAAGAAGUGAAAUACCAGUACAGCAGUUUUAGUCUGCAGAUUUAUUGUGCAUUAAGUUUGCCUUAACAGUACAGAAAGUAGAGAGCUGAUCAAAAUUCAAGCACCAUCUUAUAUGGUACUUUUAUUAUACUGCAGAACUUCCAGGUAAUGAGUAAUCAAAGCAUCCAGUUGUAUGGAGUACUAAGCCAUUACAUCUGGGCAUUUAAGUCAUUCCAGCAUAAUCAUACAAUGCUGUCAGCUCCUGCUCCCAUUUUGUAGUUCACAGUAACUUGUUUUAUGGAUAUUAAUUACAGCAGAGUUAGCAAUGAAAACUGUUCAUUUUGUUGCCAAGCACUAAAUGCCCUGUAUAUAUGAGAACUGAAUAUGUACAUAUACAUGCAAAAAGAGAGAGAAAAAAAAAAACUAAACAGGAAAGCAGCUGGCGAACAUAAGAGCAAGCAAACAUGGGGAACGGUCAGAAACAACUAGCAGUCCGUUCUAAGAGCUGAUAUACUUGGAUUCUAUUAUUUUUAGAAUAUGUAUAAACAAGUCGAUUACCCCAUAGAUAUCCAAAUGCUGGUAAAAGUCCAACUAUAAAAUUAAGACUUGUCUCGAUAAGCCCACAGAUAAGUGGGAAAUGGCACAAUGACCCUAAAAUUAACAAGUUUUGCGCUCUGAGGUUUGGUAUGCCAUUUGCCAUUUAUUUGAAGUCUAUACAUUUUCAAAGUACUACCAUGCAGAUACCCUGCACUAUCUAAAGAAUCAGCUGCAGCACAGCUGCAUUAGAGAAGCCCCAUAUGCUUUUGGUUCUAGAGCUAGUGCAAAAAUUCUUUCUUCACAGUGCAACCUUGGACCAUAAUUUUAUUUACAGACUAUCUGAGCUCAAACAAGUUUGCUUUUAAUGGUUAAAUAGCCAUAUAAUUAUAGUAGGACAACUCAAAAUAGAAAAGUAACUGUUAAUAUUCUCAACCAAAAAGGUUACAAGGAAUCCAGACUGCCCUUGCUACUCUGAGCCUUGGACAGCAAUGAUCAGGUUAAACAUGAAGUGCUCUCUUCUGCAACUCCUCCCUAUAUGGCUAACAACACGGCUUGACGUACUCCAUUAAACCCUUCAAUCAAGGAUUAGCUAUAUUCUAGACAUUAAUCUUGCCUACCUACCAAUACCUUAAAUAACUAUGAUUACAUCCUUGCUGCAAAGCAGGUCACAAAUGCAGUUUCUCAGUUUGUCUAAAGGAAAAACUUAAGUGGGUUGUGGAAAGAAAAAAAAGCUGUAUUUACUUCCCAGCACAUACAUUAGUGAAAAGGCGAGCUGCAAAGAAAAAAAAUUUAGGAAGUUGUGUUUGCAAUUCUUUCCCUUUAAGAAAAGCCUGAGUUAUUCUGAAGAGAUUCUCAUGGCUAUGUUUUAUGACAAGAAAACACUUCGUGCCUUGUCUUUGUCAGAGGGCUGCAUGAGGUUAUUUGAAGUAAACUCUUGUUUUAUCAGCAAUAUAAAUACACAAAGCAAAAAAAAAAA